GUGUCUACAGGUCUUAUGCCAAAGGAAUAUAUCUGACUGUGAACCAAUCAAUAAAAAAGUAAUUAACUUACUUUAGCAUUGACCAACUUAGCUUAUUUUAUAAUAGGGUAAUUUUAUAUUAUUUCUUCCUAUAAGCCUAGUUUAUUCUUUUUAUUUUUUAGGGGAAAAGAACGUAUAAGUUUUUGUGUGAGUUUAGUUGUUCAAGUAUAACAACUAAUUUUAUGGUAUUAGUUUAUAGCUCAAUAGACAUAGAUGCCAUACCAUUUGCGAAAAAUUUGCUUAUUGGUCAACUGUCAGAAACUCUUUGUGACGGAAAUAAAACCAUAUUAAACUACAUAAUUUUUGAUAGUGUUCCAAUCAAAAGCUAUGAAGUUAUUGUUGAGCAAAUUGAAUGUCUUGAAAAAGUACUCCCGCCUGGGCUAGUUGUUUUGGGAGUUGCUUCUAGUAAGGCAUAUAGUAGUAGCACAAUUACGAGUUGUCUUUCUAUUUUAUUAGAAAGUUUCCGUUACUCUGAUUUUGUUUACAUUCAGCUUGGUCAUGAUGAACCCCGCGUGACAUUCUGUAGCGAUCCAGGCUUACACGCAACUUUUAGCAAUCAAGGUGCAAUAUUUUGCACUAUAUCAUGCAUCAUUCAUUUUUCGUUGCCAUCAUUUCCCUUUUUACUUACGAGAAGCGGCGAUAAGGCUGAGAAAAUUCUGAUCGACCCUCAAAGUACUAAGUGUAUUUUACCGCAGGUGAAUUUUGGGGAAAGUUAUUCACUUUUUCAGUUGGGAGGGAGCUCUUUUUUCUCAGAGGAGACGAUGUUAGUGUUACCGUUUUUUUCAAGCCUUCCGCACCUAUCUGGCAAGUCUUUUUACAAUUGUAUCGCUCGUUGGAUGAAGAAGAUUACAAAAACUACAGACAUCAUCUCUGUUUUUUCACGACGUAACCCAAACCUUGUUUAUGCUUGUCAAUUGAAUCGAGGUGUGCCGUGCUCAGACACUUUCACUCAGGUAAUAUUGCAUGAAUUGCGAGAGCUUUUGGAGGACGCAACAGGCGAAUCCAUUGAGAGUAAUCAGCUCACAGAGCCUACGAUGCCACAAAGUCUGACACCUGAGGAGGGAGAAAUAACACCCAAAAAUAAAGAAUCUCACUCAUUUAUGCUCAUCUUUGCUACCGGAAUUGUUAUUAUGGCAAUUGUGAUCACUAUAUUAAUGUCUUUGUGAUCUGUAAAAAAAACUCUAAGGAACACGAAAAGGCUGAAUGACCGAGAGGAAAAACCGAGUAAAGGGAGAAGAGGGUACUAUGCCAUAGCAUCACAACUUUAUUUUUAA